UUGGCGUCCCCGCAUGAUGCCCACGUCCCCCUUCUCAACACCCAUCUGAACCCUCAAGACCAUGCCCGUCGAACGCACCGGAUCCGUACUUUCCUGCUCCUCGCUCGACUCGUCCUCCAUCGGCUCGGUCGACUCGGUCGAGGAGUGCUCACCACCCGAAGUCGAACAAGCCCGCGGGAGAGAUCCCUUCGCACGAAGGCGCCUCCAGCACGAACAGACGGUCACGCAUCCCUCCAAAGAUGUUCGCACUGCGCUCGCUGCAGAGCUCGGAAUCGAACUCAAGACCGUCAGCGCGUGGUUUCAAAACAGGCGGCGCAGCGUUAAGAAGAAGUCCCUCGUCUGGACACGGAGCGCAUACCCUGCCCACUCAGGGAAGAGACACCUCUCGAGAACAGGGUCCGCAAUUUCUUUGGACUGCGUCGUGUCUUCUCGAGAGCGGAAAUCCACACCCGAGCCCGAGGUUGCGUCCCCAGUACGACCACCUCUCACCCCGCGCCGCGUCAACGCACUUCGACGCUACGCAUCUCCCAACUGUCUUCCACCCCCAACGAACCUUUGGGAGCAUAUACCGUCGUCGCCUCCUGCUCCGCCAUCUUCUCCUGGCGUCGAUGGUAUGCGUUUAUCUGCACUGCCAAGACGGACAAAGUCGCUGCGGUCACUUGAAUGGGCAUGUGCGAAAGCGAGGGGAAAUAAGACACCUCACCCGGACGUCUUGGACGAAGAAGACUACGACGUACCGAUGCUGAUCCUCGACGGAGAGCCCAGGGGGGCGGACGGAGACGGCGAGGAGACGGAAACGGAAGAAUACGAGGCGAUUACGCCAGACGUCAGCGCGGUGCAACUGCAGUCACCGCCAGCAUCGCUGCUCAACAAACGCGACGACGACGUCGCACCGGCCCAGGAUAUGGAGGCCGCCAUGGCCCUCCUUGGGUUUAUGGGUCGGCCAUUAUUAUGAUCGUCUCGCUGUGCAUUGCAAGUCUUCGAAAGGACGGUUGGAAGGUACUUUGUUCUUCAUAAUGUGACGCGUGUAGUUUGGACUGAGCACGAAACGACUUCCACGAGUACGUAUGGUGUACUGCAUUCCUGGUGCAUACGUGUUGUUGUAGGUUACAGACAUGUACGUGCCUCGGAAACGAGGUUUGUAGGAACAGCUUACUGUCUCCUUCAUAAUGACUUUAUCAUCAUUUCGCUAUAAGCUGACGAGAAUUUUUUCACUGGGGAAACGGCCAGCGCUGAGCGAACCGAACACCAACCGCGGCUUGAACCCGGUCACGGGAUCGCGACGCGUCUCGACGGUGGCGGAGGCUGGCCGUG